CGUGAGUCUGGGGAAACGGAUUAGGUACUGCCUUCCCUUGGAAGGCAGAUUCAGAAUCCAAAUGCGGGAGAGAAAAAGGCAGCAGCCCCCGAAAUAGAGUCGGGCAGGAGGGAAGGUCAGGGGGAAGAGGGAGACUUCUUUUCCCAGGGAGGGAAUCUGUCAAGGCCACUCAAACGUUUCUCCAAGGCUGCGUGAGAGAAGAGGUUUGUUUUUCUUUUGGAAAGACGGAGCCCUUUUCCCUACUGGGCUCUGAUUUCUAGUAGGAGAAGCCCCGCCUCUCAGGGCCGGAGAUUGGCCCAACUCGUUCUCAGAUAAUUUAUGCCAGCAUCCUCUCGGUCUUAUUGGCUCCCCUGCUCCAUUCCGCUGGGAGUCGCAUCCUACCUGGUUGGGAGGUGUACUGCCUUCCCACACUCUCCCUUCUCGUACUCACUCACCCGGCUGCUGCUGAGGUGGGAGAAAAAGUCCUGGCUGGGAGAGCUGAGCGGAAAAAGCAAUCCUGAUGGGUUCUUGGAAAGCUGCUCUCUUCUCCCCUUUUCUUUUGUGGAGCCAAAGUAGAGUGGUGAGGCUGAUGUUCUUGUUACUGACCCUGCAUUUGGGAAACUGUGUUGAUAAAGUGGAUGACGAAGAUGAUGAGGAUUUAACAGUGAACAAAACUUGGGUCUUGGCACCAAAGAUUCAUGAAGGAGAUAUAACACAAAUUCUCAACUCAUUGCUUCAAGGCUAUGACAAUAAACUUCGCCCAGAUAUAGGAGUGAGGCCCACAGUAAUUGAAACUGAUGUUUAUGUAAACAGCAUUGGACCAGUUGACCCCAUAAAUAUGGAAUACACAAUAGAUAUAAUUUUUGCCCAAACCUGGUUUGAUAGUCGUUUAAAAUUCAAUAGUACCAUGAAAGUGCUUAUGCUUAACAGUAAUAUGGUAGGAAAAAUUUGGAUUCCUGACACUUUCUUCAGAAACUCAAGAAAAUCUGAUGCACAUUGGAUAACAACUCCUAAUCGUCUGCUUCGAAUUUGGAAUGAUGGACGAGUUUUAUAUACUUUAAGAUUGACAAUUAAUGCAGAAUGUUAUCUUCAGCUUCAUAACUUUCCUAUGGAUGAACAUUCCUGUCCACUGGAAUUUUCAAGCUAUGGGUACCCUAAAAAUGAAAUUGAGUAUAAGUGGAAAAAACCUUCUGUAGAAGUGGCUGAUCCUAAAUACUGGAGAUUAUAUCAGUUUGCAUUUGUAGGGUUACGGAACUCAACUGAAAUUUCUCACACCAUCUCUGGGGAUUAUAUUAUUAUGACAAUUUUUUUUGACCUGAGCAGACGAAUGGGAUAUUUCACUAUUCAGACCUACAUUCCGUGUAUUCUGACAGUUGUUCUUUCUUGGGUGUCUUUUUGGAUCAAUAAAGAUGCAGUACCUGCAAGAACAUCACUUGGUAUCACCACAGUCCUGACUAUGACAACUCUGAGCACAAUCGCCAGGAAGUCAUUACCUAAGGUUUCUUAUGUGACUGCGAUGGACCUCUUUGUUUCUGUUUGUUUCAUUUUUGUUUUUGCAGCCUUAAUGGAAUAUGGCACCUUGCAUUAUUUUACCAGCAACAAAAAAGGAAAGACUUCUAGAGACAGAAAGCAAAAAAAUAAGAGCUCGAUGUCCCCUGGACUCCAUCCUGGAUCCACUCUGAUUCCAAUGAAUAGCAUUUCUCUGCCACAUGGAGAAGAGGAUUAUGGGUACCAGUGUUUGGAGGGCAAAGAUUGUGCCAGUUUCUUCUGCUGCUUUGAAGACUGCAGAACAGGAUCAUGGAGGGAAGGAAGGAUACACAUACGCAUUGCCAAAAUUGACUCCUAUUCUCGAAUAUUUUUCCCAACAGCUUUUGCCCUAUUCAAUUUGGUUUAUUGGGUUGGCUACCUUUAUUUAUAAAUUCUGUUCACUAGGCAAAAAUCAUAAGAAGUUUAACUAAAUCCGAUAAAAUCUACUGCACUUCAGUAACAGGAAGUUUUAAAUUUAAAA